AUGAGCUUGAAGGGAUUCCAAAGGGGGUUCGUUCGAGCUCCGCAAAAUUUCCGAGCUAAGUUCAACCUCGGAGACAACACAAAGGACCCCGUAUACCUCGACGCUGAGCGGAGAUUCCAAGAACUUGAGAAGGAAACCAAAAAGCUGCACGAUGAAUCGAAAAAGUAUUUCGACGCCAUCACCGGCAUGUUAAACCACCAGAUUGAGUUUUCGAAAGCCAUUGCAGAAUUAUACAAGCCCAUUUCUGGACGAGCCUCCGACCCAACGUCGAUAGAGCCUGAAGGAAACCCAGAUGGUAUCCAGGCCUCUGAAGAAUAUGCAAAUAUCGUGCGGGAGCUCCUGACCACGCUGCAGCCGGAACUCGAAUUGAUCGAAUCGCGAAUCAUCAGUCCGGCCGACCAGCUCCUCGAGAUCAUCAAGGUCAUCCGCAAAGUCGCCGUGAAACGACAGCACAAGCAGUUGGACUAUGAUCGCCACCGCGCCUCGCUCAAGAAGCUCCAGGAUAAAAAGGAUAAAUCGCUGAAGGACGAAAAGGCAAUGUACAAGGUCGAAAGUGAUGUCGAGCAGGCCACGCAGGAGUUCAAUUACUACAACGACCUAUUGAAGGACGAACUGCCCAAACUCUUCACCUUGGAAGCAGAGUUUAUCCAGCCCCUUUUCCAAUCAUUCUACUAUAUGCAGUUGAAUGUUUUCUACACCCUCCACGAAAAGAUGCAGGGUUUGAAUAUUGGCUACUUCGACCUCACGUCGGACGUCGAGGUGGCAUACGAGAAAAAACGAGGCGACGUCAAAGAGCGCACGGAGCAGCUCACCAUUGUCCAUUUCAAAACCAUGGGAGGUCGCCGCCCGGGCUCGAAAUUCGUGCCCGGCGGGAAGGGCAAAUUAGCCGCAGAGUCAAAAGCCCAUCCCGCUCGCCACGCCGCAGGCGGCGCCUCGGAGAACCCUCCCCCGCCGUACUCCGCCCACGCCGCCUCCCCCUUAAUAGCCGCCGGCUCGUCUCUCUCGGCCAUCGCGAAAGCAAAGCCUGCUCCACCACCGCCCAAGCCGAAGCCCGCCAAAUUCGCCGCGGCGCAGGUAGAGACGGUGACGGCUCUGUAUGACUACGAGGCGCAGGCGGUGGGCGACUUGAGCUUUACCACAGGAGAUGUCAUCGAGAUUGUGUCGAGGACGGAUAAUGACAAUGAGUGGUGGACCGGCAAGGUACAUGGGAAAGUGGGACAGUUUCCUGGUAUGACAGCCCCCUCUCUCUCUCCAGCGGCAUGUGCGGCACAGCAACAAUAA